AUGUCGUUUGUUCCCCCCUUGUACAAGAUUGUAACCGUAGCCCUGACUGGGCCGGGUCCUGACUUGAGCGACGGGAACAGUGGCGAUUCCUACACCACCACCGGUUUCAAUGUGUCGGCUGAGCAGCCAGCUGUGAAGAAUCCGAUGGGCAAUCCGGAGUUAGGCCAAGGCACCGCCUCCGACGGAAUCAAUUGGGUCGGGUAUCUAACCACCCACUUUAACCACACCUUAACAUAUAGCUAUAACCUGGCGGUGUAUGGGGCUACGAUCGAUAACGAGGUGAUUCCGAAUGAGCCGGGGGAUGUAGUGAGUCAGGUUAGGGAGAUGUUUGGAAGGCAUUACUGCCCAGGAGCGGUAGAGACUACACCCGAUACUUGGACGGAGGUUGCAGAUGCAGCGCUGUUUGUGAUUUGGGUGGGGAUCAAUGAUGUACAAUUCAGCUACCUCUCUCCCAACCCCCUCCUACAACUCACCGCCGCACUGGACACAUACUUUCAGGUGUUGGCAGAACUCUACGACUGCGGCGCCCGGCGCUUUCUGGUCAUGAAUGUGCCCCCAACCACCCGCACGCCAAACAUGCUGACUCACAGUUCGAGACAACGCGCUCGCCAUCUGACUACUGUCCACUUAUUCAAUCUGUUAAUUGAGCGCAUGGUGAAGCGGUGGGCCGGGGGAUUUCCGGAUGCGACGGUGAUGCUCUUCGACGUGUUUGCUUUUAUGGAUGCGGUCCUGGAUGACCCCAAGCGGUAUGGGUUCCGGGAUGGCACUUGUAUGGACGAGGAGGGGUGUGUGUGGUGGGAUGAUUUUCAUCCGAGGUCGGAGUUUCAUUUUGUUCUGGCGAGGCAGCUGGAGGGAUUUCUCGAUGGUGGUUUGGAUUGA